UGAGAUGGAGAAGUUGGCGAUGUCGGGAUGCUCCAGCUCCCGACACCUCGCAGAGCUCGCAGAUAGUAUCAUCGCCGUGUCCGAACGAGCUGUGGUGGUUCAACCCGCUGUGAAGAGGCCGAGCUGUGCUGCCUACGCGCAGCGCGUUCUGGGGAGCUUGCAGGCGAGCUUGUGACGUCGGCCUGGGGGCGGCAGGUGCAGCCGACGGCGCCUGUGUCCCGAUGCCUCGGCCCAGCGCGCCUCGUCCAUCCCUCCCAACCACAGCGGACUGAAGAUAUACAUGUUGCGCGCAGCAUCCGCGCCCAACGACACCCGGGCGCCAUGGAGUUCCUCCCCAGCCUGCAGCACGGCAUAGACGACCUCAAGCCGUCGCUCUUCGAGCUCCUCUCGGAACAGCAGCUCGCGUCGCUGCUGCCGCCCUCGCUCCGCUACCUCCUCGCCGUCUCCACGCAUCGGUAUCCGCGCUACCUGCUGCCCGUGCUCAAUUCCUUCGAUGAGGCCUACGCGCUGGUCAUGCUGCUCGUGGAGCGCCACUUCCUCCGCACCUACGGCGGCUCCUUCACAGAGAACUUCUACGGCCUCAAGCGCGCCAAGGUGCUGCGCGUCAAGGGCGGAGAGGUCCCGCGCGCCGAGCUGGGCGCGAGCGAAAGCGUGCGGGACGCUGUGAAGUUAGGCGAAGGAGACAUAUGGCGCAAUCUGGCCGUCCUCGUGGGGCUGCCGUGGCUCAAGCGCAAGCUCGACGAGGGCUACGACGUGCACGCCGCCCACGCCAACAUCCUCGGCGCGGGCUACAAUCGUGAAAGAGACGGACUCAGGCCCGGCGCGACCAUCAAAGAGCGCCUGCUGUUCUACUACAAGUGGUUUCUGCGGAAUGUCUACCCCAGCGUCAAUGCCGCCUACUAUUUCUCCAUGAUUGUCUUCAACAUGGCAUACUUGUUCGAUGGGACCAAGUACUCGUCGCCCUUCCUGUGGCUGAUCGGGACGCGGAUACGGAGACUGGGUGAAGCAGAUCACAAGGCCAUUGCGCUGGCCGCGCUGCCUCACAAAGUUGGUCCGGCGCGGCCGGGAGAGGGCGGCUCCAUCUUCUCGCCCAGGAACAUGGCACGCAGCGUCAAGCCUCGCUUGCUAUCUUCGCUGAGGAUACUGCUACCCACGAGCAUAUUCGCUUUAAAGUUUCUCGAGUGGUGGUAUGCUUCCGAUUUUGCGCGACAACUGUCGCAGAAAGCUGCAGAGAAUAUCGAAUUGCCGCCACCGAUACUUCCUAGCCUCCCUCCUUCGACCAAACCAGAAACAGCAAAGCAAGCAUCCACGGAUGAAAAGCAACGACCUUCUUCAUCCCCGUCGGAGAAGAGCAAACGCAUCGACCCACCAAUAUCUUCUUCUUCACUUCUACCUAUCUUCACUGUACCAAUGCCGUCCGACUCCCAUCUCUGCCCUAUCUGCGCAACACCCAUUGUCACACCCACCGCCUCUCCGACUGGAUUCGUUUACUGCUAUAAGUGUAUACACCAGUGGGUCGAGGGAUCCCAUGAACGCCAGGUAGCUUUUAUGGAGGGCGCAGCUGGGUUCAAAACCGAGACCGGAGAAGAGGGAGAUGAAGGCUGGGAGAGGGAAGAAGGUAGUCGAGAAGGCCGGUGGGAGAGCGGAAAGGAGAGAGAUGCUGUCACCGGGCGGAAGAUACUCGGAGGCACCGAAGCACUCCGGCGCGUCGUGGUCUAAACAAGCUGGCAGGCAUUGUUUCAGCAUCGGAUGCGAGGCCAAAACGAGUACAGCAAAGUAC